UCAGUUCCCAAGACGACCUGGGCCCUCGGGCGGAAGCGGCCUGACCUGGCGGCCAGUGGAGGGUGGCGGCGAGGUUGCGGGGACUUCUGCAGUGCGAACUGCAGUCGGCGCGACAGAAUUUGCCCACUUCCUCUUCCUCCUGCGCCGGGCUGCCAUGAAGGACUCGCUGGUGCUGCUGGGCCGCGUCCCGGCACACCCCGACUCCCGCUGCUGGUUCCUGGCCUGGAAUCCUACUGGGACGCUGCUGGCCUCGUGCGGUGGCGACCGUAGAGUUCGCAUCUGGGGCCUGGACGGUGACAGCUGGAUCUGCAAAUCUGUCCUUUCUGAAGGCCAUCAACGCACUGUGCGGAAGGUGGCCUGGUCUCCCUGUGGGAAUUACCUGGCGUCUGCGAGCUUUGAUGCGACCACUUGCAUUUGGAAGAAAAAUCAGGAUGACUUUGAGUGUGUAACCACUCUGGAAGGCCAUGAAAAUGAAGUCAAGUCUGUGGCCUGGGCCCCAUCCGGGAACCUCCUUGCCACCUGCAGUCGAGAUAAGAGUGUAUGGGUCUGGGAAGUUGAUGAAGAAGAUGAGUAUGAAUGUGUCAGUGUCCUCAACUCCCAUACACAGGAUGUAAAGCAUGUGGUUUGGCAUCCAAACCAGGAGCUGUUAGCCUCUGCAAGCUAUGAUGACUCAGUGAAGCUCUACCGAGAGGAAGAAGAUGACUGGGUAUGCUGCGCCACUCUUGAGGGCCAUGAAUCCACUGUGUGGAGCUUGGCCUUUGACCCCAGCGGCCAGCGCCUGGCAUCUUGCAGUGAUGACCGUACUGUGCGCAUCUGGCGCCAGUACCUACCAGGCAACGAACAAGGGGUGGCGUGCAGCGGCUCUGACCCCAGCUGGAAAUGUAUCUGCACAUUGUCAGGCUUCCACUCCCGGACCAUUUACGACGUCGCUUGGUGUCAGCUGACAGGGGCUCUGGCUACAGCUUGUGGGGACGAUGCCAUCCGGGUGUUUGAGGAGGAUUCCGGCUCAGAUCCACAGCAGCCUACUUUCUCCCUGACAGCCCACUUGCCUCAGGCCCAUUCCCAGGAUGUCAACUGUGUGGCUUGGAACCCCAAGCAGCGAGGGCUCCUGGCCUCCUGCAGUGAUGAUGGGGAGGUGGCCUUCUGGAAAUAUCAGCGGCCUGAAGGCCUCUGAACCACAAUGACUUUGGACAGAAUCAUGGUUCCCUAGAAAAUGUCAUUAAGACUUUCAGCCCCGAGAAGACCUGGAAGGCACAUCCUUGACCUUCAUCUAACCGGGCUGUCUUCCACUCGGGCUUGGUAGACGUGCAGAGCCGCAGACCCAGUUCCCCCACUUUGACAUGGAGCCCUGUGGUGAAGAACUGCAGACCAU